UCUGUGAGAACAUGCAGGGCGGGAAUACUACAUCAGACUUCUUCCUCUCUUCUCAAGAAAGAACUACUGGUAAAAUAUGAAACCACUACACACUCAACUCUGACGUACAAGGCGAGCAGCCAGGCAACGCAGAUACUUUUCUCUGGGUGUUGAUGAAGCAUGUUCCUGUGGCAAUAUUUGACACCUGCGCUGCUGAUAACUGUUCAAAUAUGCAAAGCACAGAAGUGUGAGGAGUUUACUGACUUAGACUUUAAACAUGCCUUUAUCGGAACAAAUCUCAGAGUAAAACUGCUGCUCUACACCAGAGAAAAUACAUCAUGUGGCCUACUGAUGUCCCACACAAACCUGUCGGCCACGCCUAGUUUCAAUGCGUCCCGUCCGACCACCUUCAUCAUCCAUGGAUACCGCCCCACUGGCUCUCCACCUGUUUGGAUGGACAGAUUCAUUCAGCUGCUACUGGAAAAAAAAGACAUGAACCUUAUAGUGGUGGACUGGAACAGAGGUGCAACAAAUGUCAAUUACAUCAAAGCAAAAGAAAACACUCUGAAAACUGGUGAAAACCUCACUGCCCUGGUCAAAGUGAUGCAGGAUUAUGGCGUUUCUCUCCACUCUAUUCACAUGAUUGGAAUCAGUCUUGGAGCGCACAUUGCAGGUUUUGUUGGAGCAAACUACAAUAGUACAAUUGGUAGAAUAACAGCGCUGGACCCCGCAGGGCCCCUGUUCACAGGCAGUGCUCCAGAAGACAGACUGGACCCAACUGACGCUCAGUUUGUAGAUGUCCUGCACACAGACAUCGAUGGCCUGGGCUUCAGAAAGCCUUUAGGUCAUAUAGACUUUUACCCCAAUGGUGGCACAGACCAGCCAGGCUGUCCAACCACCAUCUUUUCUGGAGGAGAGUAUUUUAAAUGUGACCACCAGAGAUCAGUGUUUCUCUAUUUGGAGUCUAUAAAGGAGUGUAAGAUUAGGGCAUACCCCUGCACUUCUUACAAAGACUAUCUGGAUGGAAAAUGUUUGAACUGUGAGCAGUUUGGGCCUGCUGGAUGCCCCAUAUUUGGUUAUGAUGUUAUUGAGAGAAAAGAUAUCCUUCGGGAAAUGGGCCAUACUACAACUUACUUUAAAACAAAUCCAAAAAUUCCAUUCUGCAUGACAGCCUACACAGUUGAUAUAGUAACAUGGAACCAGGAAGUACGUUUUGGAUACAUAACCAUAAAACUGCACAGCGGCAGCAAAGAAGCAUUGGCCACCAUUGAUCAUGAAGCGUCAAAGUUCAAGAAGUUCACAGAGACACGGAUGUUGGCCCAUUUUGAUUCAUACAUUGAGAGUCCAGUGGACAAGCUCUCUCUCACCUUCACCACUGGAAAUGUCUUCAAGCCUCCUUAUAAGCUCCGUGUUCUGAGACUACGGCUAACGCCCGUGGAGAACAAAGAAAGACCUCUAUGUCGAUAUGACUUUAUUCUUGAGGACAACAAAAAGAAAACAGUCAGGCCUAUUCCGUGUGAGGAGAACAACUUCUAAGGACUGCACCUUCAGGAUUAUAUGUGUCAAUCAGAGAGUUUUAGGGGCUUGACCAGGAAAUCAAAUUGGACUGCAGGACAAUCCAAUCACAGUUUUAUAGUACCUUAUCAAUAAAAUGUGAUGUCAUGUACAUUUUUUAAGAUAAUAUAUAUUUAUAGAGUAUUGCAAAGUAUUAUGCUGUUGUUUGUAAAGUAUUAUGUCAUUUUUUGUAAAGUAUUAUGUAGUUUUUUGUAAAGUACCAUCAUCAUCGUUGCCAAAAAAUAAACAGUGCCUAUACUACAUUUUGUUUUAGG